AUGGCGUCCAGAAGCGCUCUGCGGUGUGCGAAUUUACUCAGAGCAACAGUGACUAGGAGCGGCAGGAAAAGCGCAGUGGACGGUAUUUUCUCAAUAUUUUGGCUUUCGUUACUUUUAAGGGACCGUCGCUCUAAAGAGGACAAGAAGUUAUUUAAUCAGGGCUCGACGUUGCGACCCGUGGGGUCGCCAAUGCGACCAGCUUUUACUCAGUGGCGACUAAAUUUUCACGCCUGGUCGCCAACCUGGCCCCCAAGAUAGGUGACUUUCUUCUUUGGGUAAACGUACACUAAUGAUAAUUUGUUAUCCUUUACACAACUAACGGAUAGCUAACGGUUUUUCUAACGCUCUAACGUUUUGCCCAAACGCUCUAAUGGUUUGUCUAAACGUUUUAACGAUUUGUCUAAAGGCUUUAACGAUUUCUUCCAACACGCUAAUCUACGUUUACUUGAAAGAGGAUUGUGAAAUGAAUGAAUUCGACGGAAGACUUUAAUCGACUUUCGGACAAAUCGAUCGCAAUUCUCAACAGAUCGUCCCGUGUUUCUCCGGGAAUGACUUUAAGCGCAGCGAUAUUUAAAACAAUUUCUUUAAGUCGAACAUGUAUCUCGAUUGCGGACUCGAUAACAGAUUAAUCUGAUAAAAGGUCAAGCUAAUCGAAGCUAAUCGAGAACGAACAGCGCUUACUUCUCGAGCUUCGCAAUUCUUGUAAACAACUUUACGCAAAUUUCUGUUGAGCGUGACGACGCAAAUAAAAGCUCUGCCGUAUUUUAUUGACUUCUAAUUAAGUAAAGUUGAAGUCAUGCUGUUUGUCUAACAGACUUCUUGCAAAAUCAACUUCUUUGCCCGAAAACAUUAGCAACGUUUCCUCUUUCUGGUCUUUCUGGAGACUUUCGAUCACGUGUUAGGCAACCGCGCAAUAGAUGAAGUUUCACCGAUGUUCAGUUCUGAACAUGCAAAUACAUGGGACGCAAAACAAAUUUUGCAGAUUUUGUUCUUUCAUAACCCAAAUAAGUUUUUUUGUGAUUCCUGAAUUUUAUUUUUUUAAUGUGUAUUCCAUUUCCUGAACCUUAAGCUUGAAUACCUGUUUGAGGAGAUUUACGCUUGAGUGCGGAUUCAUUUUACAGAACACCGGCUGGUAAUCAAGCGUCAGCAAAAACCAUUCGAAAGAAAGUUCAAAGGAAGUCUAAACCAUUCAUUUUCUGUUAAGGCUAAGUUAAAGAUGUUAAGUUUAUUUUAUCCCAUUAGUUCUUAAAUAUAAUUUUUGGCGACUAGAAUACUUGUUCUGGCGACCAAAAAUGAAAACUUGGGGGCCAGUUGGCCCCAAGAUUUUUUUCUGAAAGUCGAGUACUGAAGUAUGUGCGCGAGCAAAAUGACGAGUUUAAUGCAACUAAUGUGCCAUGUAGGUUGAGUUUGAUCGUCCGGGUGAAUGUAGUCCUGAAUAGGACUGUUGUUGUUGACAGUGACUUCACCUACUUUUGAAAUGACUCAUGGGUUCAUACCUUUCACAAAAAAAAAUAAUGUGUUAUGUUUAACAAUAAAGAACGAAAAAAAUGCAAAUCCUGGCCAUUUCUGGAUGCAUUGUUUUAGCCACGAACAAUGAAUAUCGCAGACAGGACAUUUGUUCGUAAUUUUUUGGAUUUGGCCAAUUACCUUAGAUUAAAGAGAGGUUCAUAUAGAAAAUAACCAAAAAAAGUUAAUGUUUUUUCUCGUUCUACACUCUACAUUUGGCGUGUAAAUUCGUCACGUUGUCACGUAAACUCGUCAUUUUGUUCAUGCAUUCAGUUAGUUGUUUUCCUCUUUAGAGUGACCGUCCCCUAAAAGUAACGAAAGCCAAUAUUUUCUCAAUAGAAACUAUAAAUACUUUCUAGACUAAUUGAAAAUUGGUCCAAGUGCACCCUUGAAAUCUAUUAAAAUAGGUUCGUAUUUUUUCUCUUAUUUUGCUGACAUAACUUGCAUUUAUCCACAAUGAAGGCUUUGUCUCUGAAACUAGAGAUACGUGUCUCAAUAAAAUUUCUCCACAGACCAUACAUUAACUAUACAUACAUGUUUCAGCUGUAUUCAUACAAACAAAUUUAUAGUUUGUGUGAAAUAGUAUGAGAUUGCUGCAUGCAUAACAAAUGUAUGCUGCUGUGGGAAAAUCUUCCUGCUCAUCUUAAGUGUUAUCUUAAGAUAUCUUGUAUAUAUAUAUAUAUACAAGAUAUAUAUAUAUGUAUAUAUAUAGCUGUAUAUAUAUAUGUUAUCUUAAGAACUUUUAAACUUCACGAGUGACGUAAAACAGCUUGAAGAAAACUAGGAUUCCCAGGCUGUAUAGGGCGUUCCAUUUUUUAUCUGCACUCCACCUAAGGAUGACAGGUUUUUGAACAGGGGGUUUGGAUUUUUCUUCGAAGAAGCCGACAAAAUUUGGACCUUACGGACAAGUGUUUCAAAAGUGCCAACAAAGCGUGAAACCUUCAGAUUUCAUUUUUCUGGGCUUCCCUGCCACUUUAGCUCUUUUUUGGUGCAAAAAGAAUAAAUUUAACUGAACUGAACAGUAUGCAGAGUAUGGCAGAACUCAACAAGCUCUUACAAUAUUUACAAGUAUUUUUACCAGUACCGAAAGCAUGAAAGAAGACGACUUUGCCAGUAGACCACUAGGCCAAAAGUAUUCUUUUUUAAGAAAAUUCAAUUCAAUUCAACUUAACCUACUAUUCAAAAAAUAUACAUAACCACCAGUCUGCUGAGCAGGAGGUCACCUGUUUAAAUCCCAACUGCACCAACACUCAGGGUCUUUAAAUAACUGAGAAGAAAAUGCUGCCUUUGUGAUGACAUCUGCAAAUGGUUAGAAUUUCUAGUCUUCUCAGAUAAAGACAAAAAAACUGUAGGUCACAUCUCACAGUACUUUCACUUAUCUGGUUCUUGUGAGACGUAAAGGAACACACACCACUGUUCGAAAGGAAUAGGAGGCAUAGACCCUGGUGGUGUGGCCAAACUGUCUUGGGCUGGGUAGGUUCUUCAUAUAUAUAUAUAUCUGUCUGGAUUUCAUACAAGGUGCCUGUACUGAGUCCCUAGAUGGUCAAGUCCAAGGAGCCAUUACUCACCCUCCCCACCCAUGAAGCUUAUGACUAGUCAAUCACUUCCCUCAAGCUUUGCUAGUAGUGUUAUGAUUAUGAGUCAUCGCAUUGAUUUGGCUGGCCUAGCCUGUAGGCCACAGGAAAAAUUCUCUGACUUUGCACUGCUUUCUGACAUAAAACUCUAAUCAAAGUGACAAAAUCUCCCCUCCCUACCCCCCUUGUUUUCACACAAAACAAGGAAGCCACCCACCCAUGGAUAGGUCUGGGCCUGGGCUCUCAGCUGAAACCUAGCAAGACACUAAGCCCCCUGGUUUUUUUCCGACUACACUGGCUUGAACAUGGGCGAUGCCAGUGUUCAAGCGAAUACUUAGCAGGCAACUUUAAGCAAAAUCACACAGAUAUAUAAAUAUAGGGAUAACCUCAUGAUCCUCCUGGCUACCUGUAAACAGUGUAUGUAAGUACAUGUAUGUAUUUUUUAAAUAUAGGAUAAUGCCUAUGCUUUGAGGCAUUCUUUAAGGUAAUGACCGUGUACAUAGUUGCUAGGUGUAUUAUCAUGCAGUGAAACCUGUUCUACUUUUACUCAUUACCCCAUGUGUAUCCUACUUUAAUUCAAGGUCUCUACAUCAGUGGUGUAAAACUCCACAAGUUUCAAGGUGUUCACAGUAAUUCAAUGGUAGCUGGUAACCUUGUAAAAAAUAGGUAAGUCUUUUUGUUGUCUUUUUUUUUUUGUCGAAAAAUUUAAGUGGCUCAUGGUAAUUUCUUCUAAAUUUAUUUUAGACAAUAGACUUUGUACCAUAUUGUGCACACUUACAACCAUGAAACCUAAAAAAUCCAUCUUCUUGAGGGUGUCAAUGGAAUUAACUGUCUAUAUUUACUGACAACCAUGUGAAAAGAUGUUGCUUUUUUUUAGCAUUUACAGUUUAUAGAGGUCAAAUUUUCAACAUUUUUUAAUAAGAAUAAUAAUAGGUUUAAUGAACUUUAACCUUGUUUUAGAGGUUUUUUUAAUUACUGUUCGUUUUUGCUUUUUAUGUGAUUGAUACAUGUGAGCAGUAAGCUGUUUGUCCAAAAAGUAAUAAGUGUAGACACAUUUGUUUGCCAUCUUGUCCAUUUUCUUGAAUUAGAUGAGAAGUGCACGAAGCAGGGAUGGUUUGCUUUUUCAUUUGUUUCUGUCUUGCUUCCAUCUUGCCUUGUUGCUUUAAAAGGGUUAAAAUGUAGAGCUUUGGUAAUGAAAGUAAUUUCACAAACUUGUCGAUGUACCAUAUUCAUAUCAUGAGAAGAAAUUAAUGUUGCAGAGUAUACUCACCUUUGCAUAAUGUAUUGUUGCAGCCCAACUUAGGGUCCCACUUAUUUAAUGACCUUUUUUCAUUUACAACAGUUUUAAGACCUACACAACAACUGCACUAGUCGCAGCUCAGCUCUCUGCAAUCAGCCCUUUGGGUCCUCUUGGCAAUGUUGAUGUUCGUAGUCUUAGUAAUGGACCAGCAACUUCCUUGACAGAAGCCGGAGGAGAGGAAGAUGAUGAGCAAAAUUGUCCGCCCUCAUCAGGUACCUUAGGAAGUUCACAAGUUGGUGUGAUGUAUCAGAUUUUUAAACCGUUGUAUAGUCUCUUACUAGAUUUUAGUCAAAGUGGUACUGGCAUUGUACAGUGUAGAUAUCAUUAUUUAUUUGUGUUUGGCUUCUGUUUGCUGUAUUUCUCUCAGUGGUUUGAUACACUUGCACAAGGACCAGGUUUGAUGACAAGGCUUCAUUACAACUGAGAGACAAAUUUAAUUAAAGUAUCUUUCUUGUUUUCUAAAAUGCCGUAAGAAGAGUCGUGUAUAGAAGAGUAAUAACAUUAUGUAUUUUGUGAAUGAAGAUACGUGUAUGAUCGUUGCAGUGGUAAUUGCAAUUUAAGCAAUUGCUAAUUAUACUGAGAAAAAGUUCAGUACUUCAGCAGGAUUCAAACCCAUGGCCUAUUAGUGCUGCAGUGCUCUACCAAUUGAGCUAUGAAGACCCACGCACUGGGAGCAGACUAAUUUGUUGAGUUGAAUGAAACAUAUAAAGAUGUGAUGUAUUUUUGUCCAACAUACCAACUGAUUUGAAUAAUCACAGAUGUUAUUAAAGGCGUUCAAGAUGAAAUGCUAAAAAGUGGAAGCAGUGGUCAGAUAUUUGCUGUAGUUCAUAUAGGUAAGUAUCAUGACUGUGUCAGGUGCUUGGAAUAUUGAACAGUUCUUACUAGGCUACUGCUUACCAACAUUUGGUUGAGUUAAGCAAUUUUGAAGUAGUCUAUGAUGAACACAUCCAUUAUUAAAAGUUCCACUGGUGUAUUUCCUCUUUUGAAAUUUUAGAAAUUUGACCUUAUAUGACUGUGAGUGUUUUCAUUUUCAGGAGGAAGACAAUUUAAGAUUACCAUCAAUGAUACAAUAGUAAUCAACAGAAUUGAUGCAGACACUGGAGAGAGGAUACGCAUUGAAAAAGUUAGAUGAUUUAAUUAUGUCCUCUUUACCACUAAAACAACUUUUUAAUAACAUUUGAAUAACUACCGUCAGGUCUAUUCAUGAGUUACAGCUAUGACAGUGGUCAAUGUGAAAGCUGUUGUCACUGUGCAUGUUCCUUCUUAGAUUGUCUAUUUCUUUUACAUAUCCUUACAGUAAAGAUCUGUAAAUGCGUGUAAAUAUGUUUUCAAAUAAUUUUCAAACAAUAUUGUUGAUGUUAAUGCCUUAUAAACAGUGUAAAAUAAAGUUGAAGUUGAAGCUGGGGUAUGUAGGAUUAAGAUUACAAUGUACUAUCCUUUGUCCUUGGCUUACACCUUUGUUAGUGCAAGUUUGUGGAGGACUUGUUUACAGAAGUAGCCCACACCGCUUUGGGCAUCAGGAAUUGUCUAACGCCACUAGUGAUUUAGUUCUAAGAAGUGGGUGAAAUUAUUUUCAGUAUUUUCAGUGAGCCGAAAGGAUUGCAACUUAUUUGUGACUACAAAAUGAAAGACUACAACUAGAACACAUUCUUGAAGAUGUGAUGUUAUUUUAUUAUCUUCUUUUGAUUGUUUUGUAUGACAGGUUUUGAUGGUUGGAGGAGAAAACUUCUCCGUGAUAGGAACUCCUUUAGUUGCGUAAGUACAAAGUACCAAGCAAAGUAUGUCUAAACCAUUUGCCUAUUCUUUUCCUCAUAGGCAUUCAGGUAGUGGCGAGUACAUUAAAUUAUAUGCGUCGAGCGUAAGGGAAAAUAGGGGGGAAAAAAGAAGAGAAACCCGGCCAGGGGUGUGGAAACAAGCAAGCCUUUUCUUAGCCUGUGAGCAGGCUCAUUUGUACUAGUUGGGGAAAAUUUUGGCAUAGCUCCUCCGCCAAAAUUGUCCCCAAACUAGCACAAGUGAGCCUGCUCGCGGGCUGGCCUUUUCUGUAAUCCCUAGAAUUUUGCAGUUCUCAAAUGGAAAGGUUGCUCCUGUGCUAUGAACAUUUGCUUGGGUUACUGAGUGUCUUUUGGCAACACUUAAUGCAAUUCACUUACCUGAAACAUUCAGUGUACAUGUAUUUAUCAAGCACCAGGUCAAGAUACUGGAUAUUUGCCAAGUUCUUUUUUUACGUUUUUUUUUUCGACCACGACGAAAAAGAGAUCUAUAAAAGGUAAAUAGAAGAACGAAGCCUGUACAUUCAGCUAUCUUGACCGAACGGGUCUGGCCAAAAAACAAAAUAUAUUAUAUGGUCAAAUGCAAAGUAGGCGAUUCAAAAGGGGGCAGGAUAGGCCCAUCUUGGCCGCUUGGGUAGCCUAUCAGAAGAAAGGAUUCGCUUCAUCUUGCACACUUGUGGAGCCAGCUACAAAAUGACAAUAAAAUGGGUUAACAGGGUGUACGUUAGUUGUUAUAAUGCAAAGAGUUUCAACUCUGAUGCAUCUUGUUGUCGUUGAUUUCCUUUUUUGGUGUUUUUUUUUUUUACAGCAGAGACUUGGCAAGGAUUGAAGCUACUGUAGUGGAAAAAACCAAGUCACCAAAAGAAAUAGUUUUUAAAAAGAAAAGAAGGAAGGGGUACAAGAGAACUCAAGGU